AUGAAACUCUUCCUGGUUGUCGUCGGUCUAGUCGUGGCUGUUUCAGCCUACGAACCCAUCAACAAUGACUACCACAACACCAUUGGUGUUUAUGAAGCUGCUCGCAUCAAACAGGCUGAAGAAGCUGCCGAUUUUGACGGCAACAGGAUCACAGGAGGAAAUAUUGCAUCACUUGGACAAUUCCCUUACCAAGCAGGUCUUCUUAUCAGAUUGCAAGACGGGAGACAAUCGGUUUGCGGUGCUUCUCUCAUAAGCAACACCAGAUUGGUUACGGCUGCUCACUGCUGGGUUACCUUUGCAAUGUCCGCCCACACCCAAGCUACAACAUGUGGACUCUUGCCAAUGACAUUGCCGUCAUCAUCAUCAACUCCGUUAGCUACUCCAACAACAUUAGGAAUAUUGGUCUCGCAAGUGGAAGCAAUCUGUACGUCGGAUCAUGGGCUACUGCUUCAGGUUUUCGGCCGUUAUGCUGACAAUUCUGGUGUAUCUACAAGCCUCAGGCAUGUGAACUUGCAAGUUAUCACCAACGACGUGUGCAGACGUACUUAUGGAAGCACCAUUAUUGCUUCCAUUAUUUGCGUCGCUACUCCCAACGGACGCAGUACCUGCGGAGGAGACUCUGGUGGUCCCCUUGCCAUUAGUAACACCUUGAUCGGAGUUGUAUCUUUCGGUCAUCGUGAUGGAUGCACUCGUGACAUCCCGCCGGUUUCGCUAGAGUCACAUCCUUCAACUCAUGGAUCCGAUCCAUCUAAUCUGCUAACAUGGAGAUGCCUUGCGAUGACAGUUUGGUCAAUUGCUUGGAAUAUGAAUAAAUAUUGA